UUGUGGUGGCUGCAGCGGCAGCUCGGACUGGAGGAAGUGUGUCGAGGGGCUGAGCAGCAACAGCGUAGGCAGCAGCAGCAGCAGCAGCAGCGGCGGCGGCGGCGGCAGGUCAAAAAAACCGAGCAAGGGGCUUCCAUUUGUAUCGCCGAAAAAACCGCCGACAAGGCCGAGGAGUGCACCGGGUCCAGCGGGGACAAACUUUGACUUACAAAGGGAACCAGAGCGGAUAAAAAAAAAACCAAAAAAAAAAAACCCAGAAGAGUCAAGUACUUGCUCUGAGUUUGAAAAGGUAGUCCCAAGAUUCAGGGAUGGAGGAGGGAUAUGAACUCGACCUUACGUAUAUCACAGAACGUAUCAUUGCCGUGUCCUUCCCCCGGGGGUGCUCAGAGGAGAUCUACUCACACAACCUGAAGGAUGUCACGCGAAUGCUCAAGUCCAAGCAUGCAGAUAACUACCUGAUUAUCAACCUCUCGGAGAGAAGACAUGAUCUGUCUAAAAUGAACCCCAAGAUCCUGGAUACAGGCUGGCCAGACCUGCAUGCCCCACCUCUGGAUAAGAUCUGCACCAUCUGUAAGGCCAUGGAGAGCUGGCUCAAUGCUGACCCUCUACAUGUGGUGGUUAUACACUGCCGGGGUGGCAAGGGUCGAAUCGGUGUUGUUAUUUCAUCAUUUGUGCAUUUCACCGACGUGUCUGCCAGUGCUGAUCAGGCGUUGGACCGCUUCGCCAUGAGGAAAUACUACGAUGAUAAGGUCUCAGCUCUGAUGACACCUUCGCAGAAACGGUAUGUUUGGAUCCUCAACAGUCUUCUAAGUGGAUCCAUGAAGAUCAAUGCCUCCCCCUUGUUCCUGCACUGUGUCAUCCUUCAUGGGAUACCAAACUUCGACACCGCUGGAGUAUGUCAUCCGUACAUCAAAGUUUACCAGGGGAUGCAAGCAGUGUAUUCAUCUGGAAUCUAUCAUAUUGGUCCAGGCCACAGAGACCGGGUAUGCAUCACCCUGGAACCAGCCCAGCUUCUAAAAGGGGACAUCAUGAUUAAAUGCUAUCACAAAAGUGACCUAACUUCAGAACGUGAAGUUAUUUUCCGGCUACAGUUCCACACGGGAGCAGUGCAGGGCUACAACCUGAUGUUUGAAAAAGAGGACAUGGAGACUGCCAGCAAAGAUCACAGAUUUCCAGAUUAUGGUAGAGUGGAACUGGUGUUCUCCGAGGGACCAGAGAGAAUCCAAGGUGCCGACAGGUGGCAAAAUGGAGCAGACGUUAUUGUGGACUACAACACGGCAGAUCCUCUAACCCGCUGGGACUCCUACCAGAACAUCUUUGAUGGUGAAGCGCCACGAUCUCAAGGCCUAACCCAGGACAAAGCCUCUAACAAGAGGAGCCCCAGCGGAGGAGACGCAACGCUGGGCCGAGGGGCCCGCACAACUUCCACCACCUCUAGCCCUGACCACAGCGACCACGCCCUCUCUGUCAGCAGUGACUCGGGCCUGUCUAGCACUUCCCUGUGGGCAGACAGACCCACACCUAUCACCACCGCCACUACUGCCACCAUCAGGCCAAACCAGGGCCCCAGCCAGCAGGAAAAGGUCCAGCUGAAGCGCCUCCUAAGCGGCUUUGGUCUUGAGGACCCCUCACUGGAGGAAAUGGAUGAUCAAGGCCCUAGGGUGGGCAUCCAGCAAAUAGUCCCGGCCCAAGUGCACAUCAACGGAGAACCCCGUCCCAGAGAGAGGGAAACAGACAUCCUGGAUGAUGAGGUCAUUACAGGUCACGAUCUACACAGCGUGGACAGCUUGGGGACCUUGUCGUCCUCGUGCCACAAGAGCAGCCAGAACUCCCUGCUGUCGGAUGGCUUUGGCAGUCCUGGAGGAGAGGAGCAGCAAAACCAAAACCAGCUACAUCUUCACCAUCCUGCACCCCCUCCCAUGGAGGAAUAUGAGAGAUCUUAUGCUGAGGCUAGAAGGGGCUGUUUGAGCUCCCGGAGCAACUCUGUGGCCUCCUCGAAUCCCAGUAGUGCUCCCAUGCCCAACCAGCAUGUCUACAGACAGGGAAGCUAUUCCACACAGUCCUGGGUUCGCCAGCAGCAGAUGGUCGCUGCACAGCAGUUUAUCUACAUGCCAGAAGAAGGAAAUGAUACUGAAAGAUACCCAGGGAACAAGCAGGGGAGCAUUUCACCCAAAGCAGGCCUACCCGCUGAACCACAGGUCCCUACUAGGGACACAGCAGUGGAUGCUCUGAGAAAUACAGCACCCUACAAGGAACAGACAACAUUAAACAAUAACAACAACAAGCGGGAUGAGGAGUUCAAAUCUUUAACAAUGGACAUCGACAACUCCAUUGAUCAGCUCAACCAGCUGAUCAUGGACCUGGAUCCCACAUUCGUGCCAGUUUCAAGCCACAGCAGCUCCAUUAAGAGGAAUGGCAGCACGCAUGCAAACAGCUCAGGCGGCAAAUGCUCAAACGGCAUCAAUCUCAGAUUCAACCAUAAUAAUGCACCAACCCUGACAAACACACAGCAGACAGCUGUCCAGUCUAGUGAGGGGCGGGUGGGUGUCACACGGAGUUUGAGUCGCCAAGGAAGUGAUGCCACAGAUCACCCAGGCUUCUGUAGUUCAGGGUGGGACGGGACAGAGGAGUACAGGGGCCAGCGGACGUACUCCCCCCGUGUUCCACAGUCCCAGCAUCCCCUUUUGUACAGGAGUGACAGUGCUGACUACAGGGCCCAGGGCCCAGACAUGGACAGUGGGGUCGAGGCCGGGAGUGACAUGACUCCACCCACUCCUGCCUUCCCCAUCUCUCCACCUACACCGUAUGUGAAAAAUAUGUCAGAAUUAAAUCACAACAGGCAAACGCCAUCUCCUAGCAUGCAGUCGUAUGGAGGCUACAGAACAGACCAUGAACCGCGGGAAUAUUCAGAGAUGUUGGGCCAUGUUGGAGUUGACAGCUUGCCAGACUCCAUCAAUUGCCACAGGACGCUAAGUGCUACACACUCUGCUUCCAUUGUUGGGACCCUUCAGCGGACAGACAGCUCAUCCAUCAAUCAGUCCUGGCCAGACCAUCCCGUCCUGAGCCGCCACUCCUCUCUGAGCAGCUACACCUCUACCAGGCAACCACCGCAGCUCUCCAUGUCACUUGACUAUGGCCAUCACUCUCCUCCCCUGCACCACCCCCAUAUCCACCCCGCCCCCAACGCCCACAGCUCCCCUCGAAGCAGCCAGCGAAGCCGCAUGGCUCACUACGUUCUCAGCCAAAGUCCAGCUCAAAGCUUUGACGAGCAGGAUGACUCUGGUGUCAGCUAUGGCACGGACUGCCCAAACUCUGGCUCUUCUCUUCUGGGAAAUGGAGGCAUGGACAGGGAUCUUUUGAACUCCAUGGAUGGGCAGAAUCAGUCACAGACCCCCCAAAUGCAGCCCCCACUUCUGCCUGAGAAGAAGAGGGCGUCAGACGGGGAGCAUUCGCUGGGAACAGCCUCUCCAGCCCACAGUGGGUUCUCGAGUCCCCACAGCGGGAGCUCAGUUAGUAUUCCCUUCCCCAACAUUUUGCCUGACUUGUCAGCUCAGACGCCAGGCACAGCGUCACCUCUGCCAGAUGUACUGGCUAGCAAGCAGGUUACUGUAAAAUUUGUGCAGGACACAUCGAAAUUCUGGUAUAAGCCAGAUAUCUCAAGAGACCAAGCAAUUUCAGUCUUGAAGGACAAGGAGCCUGGCUGCUUUAUCGUGAGGGACAGCCACUCCUUCAGAGGGGCCUAUGGACUGGCAAUGAAGGUGGCUACACCCCCACCCUCCGUUCUCCAACAGACCAAGAAAGGAGGCGAUAUAUCCAAUGAACUAGUACGACACUUCCUGAUCGAGUGUACACAGAAAGGAGUUCGGUUGAAGGGUUGCCCAAAUGAGCCCUAUUUUGGAAGCUUAACUGCGUUGGUCUGCCAGCAUUCAAUCACUCCCUUGGCCCUGCCCUGUAAACUUAUUAUACCUGACAGAGAUCCUCUUGAAGAUGUUGUGGAGAAUACCUCACAAUCAGUCACCAACUCUGCUGCUGAGCUGCUAAAACAGGGUGCAGCCUGUAACGUGUGGUACCUGGGCUCAGUGGAAAUGGAGUCCCUGACGGGCGUCCAGGCAGUACAGAAAGCCACCAGUAUGACUCUGAGCUCCAACCCUCCACCAACCUCCACCGUGGUCCACUUCAAAGUUUCGUCCCAGGGAAUCACCCUCACCGACAACCAGAGGAAGCUCUUCUUCAGGAGGCAUUACAAUGUCAAUACAGUCAUAUUUUGUGCAUUGGACCCUCAAGAUAGAAAGUGGAAAAAAGAUGGCUGUCCUUCAGCAAAGAUCUUCGGCUUUGUGGCUAGGAAAACUGGCACUUCCAUGGACAAUAUAUGUCACCUGUUUGCAGAGCAUGACCCUGAGCAGCCAGCGAGUGCCAUUGUCAACUUUGUGUCCAAGGUGAUGAUUGGCUCGCAGAAGAGUAAGUAGGACAGAGCUGAUCUCCUGGACAGACUUUUACUAAUAGCAGAAACAACAAAUAAAGACUGAGGCUGAACAAAGGUCAGAAUGUCAGGACUGGAGAUGUUAAUGACCUGAACAUUAACCCUGGAUAUUAACUGGAUAUUUUAUACAUUAUGAUCACUUACCAGCACCAGGACAUUCGAUUACACCUUUUAAUAGAAAAAUAUAAAUCUUCUUCUAUUUUGUUACUUUUAAUUCCUGUAAAAUGAACUGUAAAUUACAAAAUUCUGAAAACAUCAAAAUCAUAAGAAAUGUGUAUUUUUUUUCUACUGGUUUACAACAGUAAUGUCUUAUAUAGUUAGAUGUAUUCAAUCUCAUCAUAUUUUAAGUACAUAACACAAAAGCUGCUUUUCAUGUUCAUGCGAAAUGUUAUAGACAAAUCAAGAAAACUCUAAGUUUGCAUGUUAUUUUUUUUCCUAAUAUUUAACCAAAACAAGCUUCGUUCAAGCUAUUAAUAUCCUGUAAAGUUGUAGCCGAUGUAGAAGCACCUCUGUGCCGCAUCUGAUCAGCAUGCAGUAUUUCUUCGUGGCGUUAAAGAUGUGCAAAGGAAGUGCAGCAAAUAUGUAUAGUUUGGACUCUAGGACUGGCUACAUCUCACACAGGAUUAUCUUAUUUUAUCUAUGCAAUGUCAAAUUUUAUUUUUUUAAACCGUGGCCUUCUGUACAUGUGCAGCAUGUAUGUGGCUUCUCUGAACUUGUUAAAUCAUUUUCUUCUUAAGAUGUGUGUGAAUAUGACCACUUUUAAAGCUGUCGGCAACAGUUAAAUGAAAGCGUGUGUGCGCGCGUGCGCGCGUGCGUGCGUGCGUGUGUGCGUGUGUGUGUGUGUGUGUGUGCUGAAAUGAGAGAAAUAGGAAAAUAUUUUAAUUAAUCGCUAAUAUAUAUUGACUCGACAGGAGUUAGUAAAAAACACAUCAGUGCUUUGUGUAGAAGAUAGUGGCAUCCACUCACAGCUGCCAAAUUUUACUUUGUUUUGCCCUCUUUGUGGGGCCACAUGGCCACUAAUGGCACUGCAGUGUUUGAGUAUUAAAAAAAUAAAUCAAUGUACACCAUUUUGUACAUUUAAUUUGGCUUUUUAAAAAACACACAGGCUGCUAUAUUGACAGAAAAAAUGCUGUCAUUGUGUUAGUGGUUAAAAAGUUCUUGGAGGAAUACUAAAGGAAGAAAGCGCUCAUUGUUGGAAUUGCACAAAUAAAUUUGGUACUUUGGUACAUAUUCAGCUGGUCAUCUGUCAAUGACAUAUACAACAUACUUGCUCUGGGAGAAAGAGAAAAAUGUUUACUAUCCCAGCUGAGUGUUUGUUCACAUAGUAUAUGAGAUGAUGACAAAACAAAUCAUUCCUUUCGACUAUUUUUGUUUGUUGGGCAGCCAUUGUAUCCAGAGAGGGACCUACCACCACAAUAAAGCUCAGUUGAUAUUCUUAUAUUGAUUAUGUACACAUUUGUUAUGUUGGUAUCAUUUUUCAUGACAUAUUAUCUGUACCUCAUACUUAUCUCAUACAAUACUGUGCCUCUGUUUAUAACAUGCUACAUGUGAACGGUUUAUUUGUAUAUUGAUAUUGCAUUGUUUGUUGUGUUCUGUAAAUAAACUAAAGGAAACGUUUAUGUAAUCUAGGUGAUCCGUAAACCCCUUAAAUUAAAAGUUCGA